CAGGUGAGCGUCACAGAGAGGACACUCUGGCUUCAGUCGUCCUCCAUCACUGCAGCUCGGCAUGCAGAGGGACGGCAGCAGCUCCCGGGCCAUCUGAUCUGUUCCAGCUCUGCAGCACCGACCGGGACUCAGGGAUGAUCCUGCAACAGAUGGCAGAAGUGUGAGACAACAACGAAUGGCUUCCACACUGUCUGGCCUCCGCUUCCAGGGGGAUGACAACCUCCAGUCCAUGCUGGUGGGGACGGUAAUGAGGAAAAUCAAGUCUCGUACCUGGAAGAAGCAGCGCUACUUCAAACUGCAGGACGACUGUAUGACCAUCUGGUACACAUCCAAGAAGGCUGGCAACACUCACUCCACAUUUUCAGUAAGUGAUGUGGAGGCAAUACGAGAUGGACACCAGUCCGAGGUGCUGCUCAGCAUCGCUGAUGAGUUCCCAGCGGACCGAUGCUUCACACUGGUCUUCCGUGGUCGCAGGGGCAACCUGGACCUGGUGACCGAGUCAGCCGAGGAGGCGCAGUCCUGGAUCAGAGGCAUGAGGAAGCUGAUCGAGAACCUGGAGAACAUGGGGGAGAGGGAGAAACUUGACCAAUGGAUUGGUGACUGGUUCAGGAAGGCAGACAAGAACAACGAUGGCAGGAUGAACUUCAAGGAAGUGCAAGACUUACUGAAAAUGAUGAAUGUGGACAUGAACGAGCACCACGCUCACCGUCUCUUCACAAUGGCUGAUAAGUCCCAGUCGGGUACACUGGAGGACGAUGAGUUUGUGCUCUUCUACAAGAUGUUGACCCAGCGGGAUGAUGUACUGAAGGUUUUCCAGGAGUACUCGGUUGAUGGCCAGAAGUUAUCCCAAAGUGACUUGGAGGACUUUCUGAGAGAGAAACAGCUGGACGGGGUUGACAUCCAGCAGCAUGCCAAGCAGCUCAUUGAGCGCUACGAGCCGUCUGACACAGCUAAGCUGCUAAAUGCCAUGACAUUUGACGGCUUCUUGAUGUACCUCGGCUCAGCUGAGGGGUCCAUCUUCAACCCACAGUGGCGGGGUGUCUUCCAGGACAUGAGCCAGCCGCUGUGCCAUUACUUCAUCUCCUCCUCCCACAACACCUACCUGAUGGAGGACCAGCUCCGAGGGCAGAGCAGUGUGGAGGGAUACAUCAGGGCUCUGAGUCGUGGCUGUCGGUGUGUGGAAGUGGACUGCUGGGAUGGUGCCAAUGGAGAGCCCAUCGUUUAUCAUGGACACACCUUCACCUCCAAGAUACUCUUCAAGGAUGUAGUCAAUGCAGUGAGCAACUAUGCCUUCAAGAUAUCGGAAUAUCCAGUCAUCCUGUCCAUCGAGAACCACUGCAGUGUUGAGCAACAGAGAGUCAUGGCCCGACACCUCAACCACAUCCUCGGUGACAAGCUGCUGAAAAGCACACUAGACGGCAAGGCCCCCGUCGGGCUGCCAUCUCCUGAGGAUCUUAAGAGGAAGAUUCUCCUGAAGGCAAAGAAAAUCGGUGGUCUGGAGGAGAGUUUCAACGGGAUGGUGGAGGACUCUCAGACCGGAGAGGUCAGCGAUGAAGACGAGGUGGCUGAAAUCAACGAAGAUAACCUCCACCGCGAGAGUGUCUGUCGCAGGGUAAAGAAGUCAAAGCAGCGUCUGUCCAAGGAGCUGUCCGACUGUGUUGUUUACUGCAAAAGCGUCCACUUCAGUAACUUCAAACACUCCCGCAUCCACUCCAAGUUCUAUGAGGUGGCCUCUUUCACGGAGUCCAAGGCCCGCAAGCACCUGAGAGAGGCUGGGACCGAGUUUGUGCACCAUAACUCCCGGCAGCUGACCCGGGUUUAUCCCAGUGGCUUCCGAACGGACUCCUCCAAUUUUAAUCCUCAGGAAAUGUGGAAUGCUGGGUGCCAAAUUGUUGCGUUGAAUUUCCAGACAGCCGGGGAGGGGAUGGAUCUGAACGACGGACUGUUUGGUCAGAAUGGCAGCUGUGGCUAUGUCCUCAAGCCCAGUUUCAUGAGAGAGGUCGAGAAAAGAUUUGACCCUGAGACACCCGAACAAAGGGAUGGCUACCAACCUGUCAUCCUCACUAUACAGGUGAUCAGUGGUCAACAGCUGCCCAAAGUCAACAUCAAAGAGGAUGCCAUCGUGGAUCCUCUGGUCAGAGUGGAGAUCCAUGGUGUUCCUAUGGACCAGGCCAAGCAGGAGACCAGAUACAUCGAGAACAAUGGAUUCAACCCGGUGUGGUAUGACACUCUGCGCUUCACCAUCCACACUCCGGAGCUGGCCAUGGUGCGCUUUGUGGUGGAAGACUACGACAAGACCUCUAAAAAUGACUUUGUGGGGCAGUACACACUCCCUCUCGGCUGCAUGCAGCAAGGUUAUCGUCACAUUCACCUGUUGUCCAGAGAUGGAACCGGUAUUCCUCCUUCCUCCUUAUUUGUACACAUCAGGAUCACGGAACUGGACUAAUCCUUCUUGGCUUCCCGAACACACAGAGGUAUUGGAAAGAACCUCCCCGGCACAUGUUAUGUAGUUAUGAGAGUAGAGUCAUUCCUUCCUUAGAGAAUACUAAUAGCUCCUAAACUAGUAUUUUAUUCUUAUUUGAUGUGAAUAAAUAUUAUGCCAAAUCUUCUAGAGGUCCUUUAGGCAGCAGAUGGAUAUGCGAUCUGCAUGUUUUCUGUUUUGCUCACUAUAGUGUGUGUAACUUGUCCCUGUGAUUGACUUGAACUUUGCUGCUCAUGUUUGCUGUACUGUGUCCGUAGCACAAGUAUUUGUUUCUGUUGAAAUGUUGUGUUGUAGAGAAGAACGUGCCACCAAUGUGUUUGGAUCAGGAUGUAUAUACUGUAUAUCCUGUCAGUAUUUCCCUUUAACCCACAGCACUUCAUCAUCACUGUGUGACCGCUACAGUCCUCAGCUUUCACUGUGGCCAACAUGCAAAGCUCCAGCUACACAGACAGCAUCAUAGUCUCCUGUUUGGAACAUGUAAGAGGGGGAACAGUGUUUGUAAAGUAUACUACAAUAUUACAUUUGUCUUGAUAUCGCCGUUAUUAUAGUGUUCAGUCAUGUUCCUCUGUGCUGCUACAGACGUUUGUCUCAAAAUCUCAAAGUACCAUAAAUAUUUAACAUAGGUGUAAAAACAGUAUUCUUUACAGUGUAAGAGGUUUAUAAUUCAGAGGUCAAAUAACCUGUUUAGAUUAUUAGACACUACCAGAAAUGACUUGAAAGACAACCAUAAACUAAAAGAAGAUGCACCUUAAAUGUACCUUUGUGUUCUUCACAGGGUUGAGGAUGUUGAGCUUCAGCAGCUGGAACUAUAUACAGAGUAGCACAGAGGUCCUGGUGACAACUUGCAAAACAAAUAAAUUAAAAUUAAUAAUUUAGGCCAAAAACAUCAUCCUGUUUUCUCAGAUUUGAAACUGUCAGUCAGGUGUUUAUUGGUUCACACCUUUGAUUUAAAGAAAUGGUUAUAUUUGCACUGUCUACUGCACAUUAGUUCAGUAGAGGCUUCAUAGGGACCCGGUGUAGGAAUGGCUGAACCAGUAAGUUAAAUAUACUGUUUCAGAAC